UAAACCAGACACUGGAGAGGUAGUACAUUAUAAUAAAAGAGGAGUAUAUGUACAUGCUAAAUCCCGCUGCUUUUAAGCAAAAAUAAAUCUAGUUAUGGUUAUCUGUCCUCUUCUUCUGCUAUCUAAAAAUUUAACUCCACCCCACUGGUCUCCUCUCUGGCUUGUCAAAUUCAGAACUCCUUUCACCCGUGCUUUAAAUAUCGCGUGGACCACAGAGCAGUAGAAUAGGUACUGUAUAGUUUACAGGGAAUUAGAUCACAACAGAGUACACAGCAGCGGACAGCAGUAGACAUGGAGCUGGUUACUGCACAUAGAAAACACAGUCCAGCAGAGAGGGAUACUGGUGAUCAAUACAGGAGGUUAAAAAUGAAGAUGUCUGAUGAUACUUGCAUCAGUACAAAUGUGGAUGAGAAUAUCUAUGCUAAUAAAAUGGAUGAGGAUGUGUAUGCCAAUGCAGACAUCAUUAAGGCUAAUGAAGCCCCGAAAGGCACCUCCAAUCCCAUGGAACAAACAUCAAGGAGGUCUCAACAUUCAGGAUCUGAGCCUGCAGGGGCACGAUGGUACAGACUGCCCGCAGUGUGUCUUGGGAUGCUGUGUUUGGUCCUCUUGAUGCUCAUCACAGUGCUUUUUGUUUACUAUAAAGGAGCUUUUAAUGAUCUUGAAGAGAAGUCCAACAUGUUAGCAGCAAAGAGAGACCAGCUACAGACAAAUUACAGCUCACUGAAGAUGAACCACAACCAGCUACAGACAAAUUACAGCUCACUGAAGAUGAACCACAACCAGCUACAGACAAAUUACAGCUCACUGAAGAUGAACCACAACCAGCUACAGACAAAUUAUAGCAUCGUGAAAACAGAGAGAGACCAGCUAGCCAGUGUAGCGCAAAGACCCAGAUGUCCCUCUGGCUGGAUUAGUUUUAAUUUUAAAUGUUAUUACGUGUCUGAUCAACAGAAGACUUGGAUCAACAGCCAGGAGGACUGUAGACACAAGGGAGCAGAUCUAUUCAUUAUAAACAGUUUAAAGGAACAGCUGAUAUUCAGUAAAUACCAGAGAGCCUGGAUCGGUCUGACAGACAGUGACCAUGAAGGAACCUGGAAAUGGGUGGAUGGGACACCACUGACCACAAGUUACUGGAUGACUGGGGAGCCCAAUGAUAACGGAAAUGAGGACUGUGUUGAAAUAAUCACAGGAAAAGACAUACUGAAGAACUGGAAUGACCUGCCUUGCAAUCAUUUAAAUAACUGGAUUUGUGAGAGUGGAGAAGUCAAUUAGGAUGAACCUCAGACAUAUAUAAAAAUCCAUCCAUCCAUCCAUCCAUCCAUUUUCCAAACCGCUUAUCCUAUUGGGUCGCGGGGGGUCCGGAGCCUAUCCCGGAAGCAAUGGGCACGAGGCAGGGAACAACCCAGGAUGGGGGGCCAGCCCAUCGCAGGGCACACUCACACACCAUUCACUCACACAUGCACACCUAUGGACAAUUUAGCGACUCCAAUUAGCCUCAGCAUGUUUUUGGACUGUGGGGGGAAACCGGAGUACCCGGAGGAAACCCCACGACGACAUGGGGAGAACAUGCAAACUCCACACACAUGUGACCCAGGCGGAGACUCGAACCUGGGUCCCAGAGGUGUGAGGCAACAGUGCUAACCACUGCACCACCAUGCCGCCCCCAUAUUUAAAAAUGACUAAUGAUAAUUAAUUACUAAUGAUAAUUAUUAUUUUUACAUUGAAUAACAUGACAUUCCCUGCUAAGCAAAUGCCUUUUGUUAUUGAAGCUGUUUUGAAAAUUAAGAGACAAUAUUCUGUUUUCUUGAACAUUUCUUUGGUAGAAGUCAUGCUUUGUUUUUAUACUGGAAUGCAUUUUCAAGUGCUUUUAGAAAAAUCUGUUAGGAACACUUUAUAAUAAUGGUACAAAUAUGAAUUACUAUAUACAGAUAUAUAUACAUCAGUUAAGGAAUGUUAAUUCACAGUUACUUCCUAUAUUAUUUGAUGUGCCAUCAAAUGAAAGUAAUAUUACACAAUGACAUCAUCAUUAACUGCUGAAGUCUCUGAAGUACAAAAUGGUCUGACCAUAGAAGCAAUAAGGAUGAUAGAUUGGGGGAAGGUUGUAGUUUGGCCCACCAUGCACCAUGAUCAGGCAGAAGGAGGGGCAUGGCAGCCCCCAGUCCAGCACCCCACCCAUGACACCUCCAGUCCAGGCAGACCACACCCCACAAGACCUGCUGCACCUAUUCUAUGAUGGAGUUUGUUUGUUUUUUUCCCCUUUAUUCCUUAUAAGUAGAAGAGAGAAAGCUAAUCUGGUAUGAUGCAUUACAGUUUAUUUCAAUUGCUAAAGCACAAUUUAAAAAAAUCGGGCCCAUAUUUCCAAACCACAAUUAGAACAACACUACACCCAAGUAGCAGAACAUCUCAGAUCUUUUGAAAUUGAAAUGCAAUCGACUCAAUGUGAGGCAUAAGAGCAAUAGAAAUAAAUAUCCAACAUCACAGGCUAUGUUGUCACAGGCAAGACAUCGUGGGAAAAAUCUUCUAGAACAUCGGAUCCAUCCUUGAAUAGAUACAAUAUCAAUCUGAUUAAAUGUGAGAGAGAGAUAAUGCAUGCCGCUUCUUUCAAAAAGAUUUAUGACCUAAAGAUCAACGGGGUCACAUUUGUCUAAAUGAAAGCUGAGGUCAAAGGUCGCAAAGAUAACAGAGGUCACGUGUCAAAGAUGACAGGUGUGGUCACAGAGGUCACUGGGACAGGGGGUCGUGACGUCACAACUAGUUGGUAGUGUUGUUUAUUAUUUAUUUUGACAUUUUUCAAAGUGAUAUAUAGCAGAGAAUGGCUUGGUGUAUGGGUGAUUAUGAAUACGAGUGGGAUGUGUGAUGGUGUUGGAGCCCAUGCUAUGAGGGUGAAGUUCCUAGGCGUAUCUGCAGCAGAAUAUGAUUGUCCUCCGGUGAUUAUUGACAGGAUCCAGGACAAGCCUCUGAUCACGGAGUAUGUGACGGGGAGGCAUCCGUCUAGGUCGGUGUGGUUGCUGGAGAUUGCAUAUUAUGCUUUCCGGAAAGUCUGCUUAGACGUGCCUGCCCAUCUAGAGGAGGGGGAUGCCUCACCAUGCAGCGUGACCCGGUACUUGGCUGGCCCUGCUGAGCGGGCUGAUUACUUGAUCGAGUGGGGGUCUGCUGCUCAUCCGGUACUGUUGGAAGGUGAGCGAUGUCUGGAGCCUGGGAACGUUGUGGAUAAGGAAUUCUACUACCCUCUGAGGAAGGCUGUGUCUGCAAAGGACUUGGUCAUUCUGAGAGCGGUGUUGGAGUUUAUCCUGGUGUUGUAUAAGUCUGAAAGAAACUCUGUGAAAAUGAGAGAGUUGGAGCGUAGAAUGAGAGGAGGUAUGUCAGUCGCAAUCCUCCAUUAAAUGCUUUGCAAUCCCCUGCAGCAGUCUGUGUGUGUGUGAAUCUGGCUGGGAGGGGAGGGAGGGGGAGCAGGGUAGUGUCUGUGUUUCUGUGAAACUGGCUAUUUGAAGAAAAAAGUUGUUUUUGAAGUUGGAGCGAGUAGUUUUCACAUACAGCUCUUAUUCACACUCCCCGUAGGUCAUCCCGGUCAGACUGUAACGUACCCCGGUCUCUGUCUGUGCACAAUUACAUCUAGAAAAUAAACAUCGGCCACACAUCAAAUUGACAUUUUGUGUUUCUGUGCAUAAAAAGCUUUUUUGAAGUUCGGGGGGUAAAGUUGGGGAAAGUAGUUUUCCCCAUACAGCUAUUAUUUACACCCCCUGUAGAUCAUCCCGGGUUGAGUGUAACAUACUCCGUCUGUGUCUGCGCAUAACUACAAACAGAAGAUAAAAGAAAACACUGUGAUGUUCAUCAAAUAGUCAAUUGACAUAAUUAAGAAACAAGAUAAACGGAGGUAACCUAAAACUUGACAACCUGUAUUCUCAUUUAAGAAUCCUAAGAAAAGUUAAACACGUAUAGUUACAUCAAACUCAUACAUUAACUUCCCCUAAAAGGAACACAACAGCCGCAGAUAUUUAUUACAGUGAACGGACACCGUACUGGUUUUCAUCCUUCUGUAAAGAAACAGAAGUACCUUCAAGUAUCAUCUACAGCCUUACCCCACUGGAAAAAGAAACCUACAUGGGACUUCCAUAGAGUGAGUAUAUUAUGUCUUAUAUACAUGUUUUAUGAUAAACGCUAUACAUUAAAAUAACUUUAACAUUUAAAAUUUUUUUAGAGAUUACGGUAUUCUGUGUUCUUUCUACGAGAGACAGCGCGGAUUGAGGGGGGGCUGUCAAGAGACAAUCUACGAAAGACCUGAAUCAGCAGGUAUGGACGGAGCAACACCCUCUCCUAUACCCGAAACAUUAUUAGAUGAAAUCGACAACAUCGACAACGCGGUCGGACCUAAUAAUGAAAAUGAUACGUUUUACAUCGUUUAACACAACUUGCCACCCACAGCGUCUGGUGAAGCGAGGGUCGAAGAGCCCUGUUUCCUACUGUCCUUAGAGACAAUAUUAACCUUCCUGUGGUGUUGGGGUCAGCACUAACCAGUUUUUAAGUUUAAAAUGCAUAAAAGCACCACAUAGAUUUGUGUAUUGCAUCAAGGCUUUUUGACUUUGUCAGGAAUCUCUAUUUAAACAAAAUAAAUUAAAACUAAAUCAAGGCAAGGCAUGCCCAUACAUUUAAGGCAAGAUAAGACCAAUUCAGUUUAUUCAUAUAAUUUUCUUGAGGUUUAUUUUACCAUAAUUUUUUUAAUUGAAAACAAGAGGUAUGCUGUCGAAAGAAAGGUCCAGAAAGCCACAACAAAAAUAUUAAAACCAAUCUUUUCAUGGAUAAGGAAGCAUAACAUGAUAACCAAGAGGUAAGAAAUAAAUUUGAUGACAAAUAAUUGUUUUGAGGAUAUUUUAUGGCUGAUUUAAGACAUGGGUCGGCGCCGACCCAUCUAACAUAAGAGAUAGGAACAGAAAGCUAACACAGGCCGAAGGUUAAGCAUGUUAAAUGAAAGUCAUCGAGAUAAUCACCUAUAAUGACCCGGCUCGUCCGAUCCUUGUGUGUGCCACGCCCCCUGAUUAUCCACGUGUGCUUCCCCGAUCUUGCCCAGCUGUGUCCUAUUAUUUUCGCCAAGUCUUGUCUAUUUGAGUCCACAUCUUGCCUUGCCUUUCGUCCGUCAUUGAUGUUAGGUAUUGUCAGUGAUGUCCUGUUCUACCCGUAGUCUUCCUUCCUUUAAUAAAUCCCCAGUUUUCCUCACGUUUUGCCUCCCUGCCUUGUCCUUCCCUGCAUCCUUCCUUCCCGCCUGCCUGUCGCUCCUUCGCGAACCUGACAAUGUGAAAACGUGUCACCUGUUUAAUAGACCUCUCGAUAAAAAGGUAAGGUUCAUUUAAAACAAAGGCAAAUUGUUGACUAGUGGGGAAACUCUGCCUUUUGGGUACUGACAUCUACAGCUACUAUUAUGCCUAUCCUAAACUCGGUGUUGAAAUGUUUUCAGACGUAACAUGUACAUGUGUUUUAUUUUUCGACCAUGUUGUAUAAACUGUUUUUAAAAUGCAUGAUGUACAAAUUGUAUGCAUUUAUCAAAUUGGUUUUUUUGUUGUUAAUGUAACUCGAACAUGGUUUAUUUUACCUUCAAAAGUAUCUGGUGAUACAUAUGAAAUGUUUAUAGUUCCUUCUGCAUAGUGUGAGGCAAAUCUCAAGAUAGAAGUUCUAUUAAUUUAUGUGAUAGACUUCAUGAUUCAAAUUAAAUUAAGCUUCAGGCUCAUUAUUAUAUGUAAUUUAAAAUACAGUGGAAUCCGCGUAAAGUGAUCAUGUCUGUCUGGGUGAAAUUGAUCACUAUAUGCAGAUGAUCAUUAUAACCUUUUUUUUCGUUUUUCUUUAGGUCUCAGGCAGAUUACCAUCUAAUUCACAUUUGUAUAUUUAUUACUUGAAUAUAAGGUAAUAAAAUGUUACAGCUUUGCUGUU